ACUCGUUGAAAAAGUUGGACGCAACUGCGCGUCAUCAGCGCAGGAAAAGUAAUUAUUUUAAAUUUGUGCAGCAUAUAAGUAAUUCAUUAUAGAAAUUUAUUCAAAUAGCACACACAUACACAGCAGAUACAGAAAAUUCUAUUGAUUUCUACGCUCGUCCAAGAUGGCGGACGACGAGCAAUUCAGUUUGUGCUGGAACAAUUUCAACACAAAUCUGUCCGCUGGCUUCCACGAGUCGCUAUGCCGUGGAGACCUGGUGGACGUAUCGCUGGCCGCGGAGGGGCAAAUCGUGAAGGCGCACCGUUUGGUGUUGUCUGUCUGCUCGCCCUUUUUCCGCAAAAUGUUUACGCAAAUGCCAUCGAAUACCCACGCCAUCGUGUUUUUAAACAAUGUUAGCCAUUCGGCUUUGAAGGACCUGAUUCAGUUUAUGUAUUGCGGCGAGGUUAACGUUAAGCAGGACGCACUGCCGGCCUUCAUAAGCACAGCGGAGUCGCUGCAAAUAAAGGGGCUGACAGACAAUGAUCCUGCGCCGCAGCCGCCACAGGAGCCCACGCCCCCACCAGCCGCACCUCAUGUACAACAACAGCAACAACAACAAGUCCCCGCCCAGCGUGUACAACGUCAACAGCCUCGCGCCUCGGCGCGAUACAAAAUCGAGACCGUUGACGAUGUGCUGGGUGAUGAGAAGGGAACCACACAGAUUGUCAUCCAGACAACAGCCGCACCACAAGCCACCAUCGUACAACAACAACAACAACAGACACAGCAGCAACAGCAGCACAUACAAACACAGCAGCUGCAGACGGCGACAACAACAACCGCAACGCUGGUGUCGACAAACAAGCGCACGGCACAGCGCAGCAGCCUGGUUGGCAGCGGUGCUGUCAAGCGCUCGAAGACGAGCACCGCCAACGUAAUUGAUCCACUGGAAUCGGCAACGGAUACUGUUGCUGCUGCGGGCACAACAACGACACAGCUGGCGCCGCCGCAGCAGAUAACCGUACAGACAACCGUGGUGGCCGCCAGCGAGGCAAAGGUGCGCCAGCAUCAGCAGCAGCAGCAACAACAGGCGGUUGCACAGGAGGAAGCUGAAUAUAUUGAUCUCCCCAUGGAAUUGCCCACUAAAUCGGAACCGGACUAUAGUGAAGAGCAUGCCGAAGUUGCCGGCGAUGGCGAUACGGCCUAUGUAGAGGACGAUACCUACGGCGAUAUGCGCUACGAUGAUAGCUAUUUUACCGAAAAUGAAGAUGCCACCGGCGCCCAGGCACCGGGCAACACAAGCACCACCAGCGUCCAAGCGGCGGCAACCACAUCAAAGGCCGUGGUCAAGCAGCAAUCGCAAAGCUACAGCGAUUCCUCGUUUGUCGACACCGGCGCGGAGCAAAGCAACACAGAGGCUCAAGGGAGCGCAGACACCGCACAGCAGAACGGUCAGUUUAUAGCGGAGCUGCCGACCAGCGUUUGGAUAAACAAAUACGAUUAUUUCUUUAUACGCAACCAGAAGCAGGGCUACAAUCUGAUCUUCAACGGUUACAUGUACAAGAAGGAGGCCAGCUUUCGGGCGACCAUCAACUGGAUCUGCUCCGAUGGCAACGGCAAGCGCAUUAACGAGAACAAGUGCUCCGCCCGUGCCAUUACCAAGUUCGAGGGCGGCAUCAAGCUCGGCAAGAAUCCGCACAAUCAUCCGCCUCGGUUCACGGGCAAUACGCUGCCCGCCAAGCUCAUGACCAAGGAAAUGUUAUUGCAGCACUAUUAAAAAGCCAAAACAACAACAACAACAAAUCUCUUGUCUUGUAGUUCAUUUAGUUGUGUGCGUUAUCAGUGUACAGUGAAAGCUCGACGAACGGACAGAACGGGCGCACAGAAUUUCCACAUAUUUAUAGCUCAAAACAUACUCAAAAGUACACUGAACAAAAAUCUUGAAAUAGUCGACAAUCUCAAAUUUACAUACAAAAAUCACAAAAAUGUUUACGAAAAUAGUUUUUUAAAUAUUUAAAAAAUUGAAAGCAUAUUAUGAUAGUUUGUAAAAAGCUUAAGAUUAAAAUAUGCUUGUUGAUUAUUUAAGGUCCACCUUAGCGAGCUUUCACUGUGCGCCUAGUUUAACUUAAGGCUCAUCCAAGUAUCUAUCUCAACUGAGCAUUUCUCCUCGUUCAUCCAUCAACCACAUAAUUUGCAUUUAUCAUCCCGAUCCCACGCAGCAGCAGCCGCAGCCGUCAAGUUCCAGCGCACAGCUCAGGGCGAGUUCCUGCUGAUCGAUGGGCGCAGCUAUAAGAAAACCCGGGCCAUGCAGUAUCGCACAUAUUACCACUGCCAGACGCCCAACUGCGGGGCGCACUAUGUGCACGUCGAGCUGAGCCGCCGGCCGCGGCUGACCAAGUACAAUGGACAUGCGAUGCACUGCGUCCAGAAUGAAUUUUAGCCAAUAGCCUUAGUGUAAGCUUCUGUAACUGAUUAGUUAACUUAAAUGAAAAGCGACAAUCGAAACUUGAAGCCUUGUCUUUUAUUUAUGAUCAGGCACAGCAGCUGCUAGUUAG